AUGGCAACCGCAGUUCGCGGAUGUGUAUUUUGUAGUAUUAUACAUGGCCAACGUGACAAACAUUUGAAAGCUUCCGAUAAUGCGGUGGUAGUUCAAGAUAGAUCACCACAUGCACCACAUCAUUAUCUAAUACUCAGCAAACUGCAUAUCAAUCAAGCAAGUGAUUUGACAGUUAUUGAUCUUCCUCUCGUAAAAGAAAUGGAUAAUCUCGGACGAAGUUAUCUGCGUGAAACGUUGAAGGAAAAGGGCGAGGCUGAUACUGUAGAAGAUUUGUUACGAAUGGGCUUCCACUGGUCAAUAUUUGUUAGUGUACGCCAUCUUCAUAUGCACCUGCUGUAUCCGACGCAAAGGAUGAAUUUUUUUUAUCGGGCAGUGGUAUUUCGGCCGGGACGAUUUUUCCGUACAACAAAAAAUAUUAUCGACAGUCUGGAAAAGAAGAAAGUUGCUGAUAGUCGUACGAAGAAAAUCGUGAGGAGUAAUACUACAACUGCAGAUGAUUCACCUGUAAAAAACUUACCAGAUACAACGUAA